AUGGUAAUGGCGGCCAUGGUAACAGAAGUUGAAGGACUUUCAUGCAUAGACAAGUGCAUGUUCGAGUGCGGACUAAGCCUUAAAACUGAAAAACACUGCAAAGAGAAAUGUUUCCGUAAAUGCCACAUACCACCUGGUGUUUCCUCUCAACUAUCAGAGAAGAAGACCAUAAGAAUGAGAAACAUAAACAGAUAAAUAUAUUAAUAAAAUAGUUGAUAUAUUUGUAAACUUGUUAAAUUUCAUAUUUAAAUAAAAAUAAAAUUUCUAUAGAUAAUGAUUAUUUUUAUUGCAUCUGUGACUUGAAUAAUUGACAAAAUGUCUUAUGUCUUCAAACUAUAUCAUAAA